AUGUCAUCGAUUAUGUCAACAUUUAAAGGCUUAGUGGCAGGUGUAGGCAUUACACCCAUUGUCGCCAAAUAUGUAAUUGCUCCAAGAUUAUUUGACCCAAAUGUAAUGAAAGAGAUCCAUUACAUUCAAAAAGAGUUGGAUUUCGUUGGUUGGAAUGUGAGGCACUUGGAGGAAGAAAGAGGGUUGAAGGAGGAUGAUUUAUAUACACCAGCAACAUACUAUGCACAAGGAUGA